GUAACAUUUUCAAGUAUAGUGGAACUGCUCUCUCUUGCACGUGGACCUAGCUAACACAACGUAUUAAUCAGCAUAUUCUUUUGCUUUUUCUCAUCGUCAAUUAUCCAACCCGUAAUUAUCAUCAUCUAUGCAACCUUAUAUAAACAUGCUGGUAAGCGGACAACCGAUGCAUUUGACUCUUUCAUUUUAUACUAAACAAUGUUACCCAACCUUCCCACACAUGGUUACUAUGUAUCUUUUUGACGGAAACUUCAACGAGUCGUGGUCUCAAACCAAUCGCGAGGACGUGAUUGAUGCCGUAAUAUGCUUACUAGCUUAUGCUAUAUAAUAUAUAAGAAGGAAAGAAAUUAAAGACACAUUGAUUAAGCAUAUUUGCAGUCUAUAUUGACACAUACAUAUGGGAGGAGGAGAAGGAGGAGGAGUUUCGAAGCCGUCGCGGUGGUGGUGGUGCAACGACACCACCAAGGCGUAUGGAGCCGUGGUAUUAACGCGGCUGAUUUACGCCGGAAUGUUCUUGGUGUCGAAGGCGGCGUUCGACGGCGGCUUAAACCCUUCCAUUUUGGUCUUCUACCGGCAAGUCUUGGCCACCGUCAUCCUUGCUCCUCUUGCCUUCUUCCUCGAAUGGAAGCAUUCGCCGCCGCUCUCGCUGGUCAUCUUCUGCAAGAUUUUCAUGCUUGCUCUCAUUGGGAUAACGGUGACGAUGAACAUCCAUGGCUAUGGCUUGCUUUAUACCUCUGCCUCCUUGGCGGCGGCCACCACUAAUUGCCUUCCCGUCGUUACUUUCUUCAUGGCCGUUAUAUUUAGAGUGGAAACCUUGAAGGUCGGGAGUACAUCUGGAAAGGCGAAACUAGUAGGGUUGGUGACAUGCAUGGGUGGAGUAGCAUCUCUAGCAUUCUACCAAGGCCCCCAUUUCAAGCUCUUCUGCCUCUUCAAGCAUUCCUAUGGGCAAAGCCAAUACCUUGAAUCUCACAAUACGUGGAUCAAAGGUUGUUUCUUGAUGCUCACAUGUAGCUUCACUUGGGGCUAUUGGCUUGUCUUUCAGGCAAGACUACAGAAAAGUUACCCACCGAAGCUUCUUUUCACGGCUCUUCAGUGCGCUAUGAGCUCUUUCCAGUCAUUCUUUGUUGCAAUCACAAUAGAAAGAGAUUUUAACGAGUGGAAACUUGGCUGGGAUAUGAAACUCGUCGCUGUGAUAUAUUGUGGUGUUGUGGUGACUGGGGUGACCUAUUACUUGCAAGCAUGGGUUUUGGAGAAGAAAGGACCAGUCUUUCUAGCCAUGUCUACUCCUUUGGCUUUCAUCUUCACAAUGGUGUGCUCUGCACUAUUGUGCGACUUCAUCGACCUUGGAAGUAUCUUGGGUGGAGUGCUGUUGGUUGGUGGGCUAUAUAGUGUUUUAUGGGCAAAAGUCAAAGAAGAGAAGCAGAUUAAAGUCGAUCAGGAUCAUGCAAAGAAUACUAUACCACAAGUGGAAGUAGAAGUCGGCUCAAUAGAGGUUAAAAAAGUUGUUACAAGUGGCACCUGUGGUACAACUACCAAUUUCGUCGCCGCCGCAUAACCACCAAUUUCGUCACUUAUAAUGACAACGGAUCAUUCGUAUUGUAUAACCACAAUAGUUCCUCUAACCUAAUCAGAGUGACGAGGAGAAUACUAUACCACAAGUGGAAGUACAAGACUGCUCAUCAGAACUUAAAUAAGUUGUUACAAGUGGCACUCGUACUACUAUCAAUGUCUUAAUUAAUUUGUACUUAGUGCUUAUGAUAUGUUUUUCCUAUGGCGAGGGAUCGUAAACUCAAUUGGUAUUGCUUGAAUGCAAUUGGCCGUAAUUCACAACAAUGACAUCAGUCGAACUUGGGCAUAAUUAACCUAUUUUGUGGCCAACCACCUUUCAUAAAAAAAAAAAAAGCCAACCAAAGACUUAUGGCUGGGUUCACACGAAUGAAUUUGGGUUGGUUCGAGGACUAGUGGAUCCUUUUGUUUUGUAGACUUAUAUAGUGCAAGAGUUUUGGGCCGACAGCUCUUGCCUUCAAUGGACUUUGCUAUGGAAUACUGCUGUAUCGUUUCGAUCGAGGGCUUGGUUUGUUAAAUUCAUUUGGCCCGCAGACAGCAACUCUGAUGUUUUUUUCCCCGACCCAACCAAAUGGAUUGAGAUAAUCGGAAAAUGAGAAAAUGGAUUGAGAUUUACCUAAUUUUCUAACACAAUGUAUUAAUCUAUAGGUAAGAAGAGAUAAGUCAGUUGCAUUAUACUUAACAAGAUUAUAAAUUACAUAGUGAUCGAGAAGUAUAUAUAUAUAUAUAUAUGGUGGCUACUUCGGUGCACUCACUUUUUUGGGUGCAUUCAGUGCACCCACCUUUAAAAGUGGUCAUAAUACAUCAAAUUUUGAAAUUUAAUAACACAGAAUCACUACUAAUCAACCCACUACCCUAACCUAUUAACAUUCAAUUUUGAAUCUAAACCCAAAAUCCCAAAUUGUAAACCCUAACCCUAACCCUAAAUUCCUAAACCCUGAAUCAUUCAAAUUAAAGUGAAUCUUAAAUGAUUUUUGUACAAAUUCAUGUGGUUCUUGUUCAUCAUACUACAAGGGAUGAUUGACAUCGUUUUCACAUGAAUCGUCUGCUCAGAAUGACGAUUAUGAGGCGGGUGCAUUGAAUGCACCCAAAAAAGUGAGUGCACCGAAGACAUAACCAUAUAUAUAUAUAUAUAUGGUGACUACUUCGGUGCACUUACAAAAAUGAGUGCGUUCAAUGUACCCAACUCAAAAGCUAGUCUUAAGGUGUCGGAUUUUGAGUUUUAAUUUGUAGAAUUAGUGUAAUAUGAUGAUAUAACAUAUGAUAACAACUAAUUAGCGGAUUACCUUAAGCUCUAGACCUCCAAUUUUGAGUUCUAUCCCUAAAGCCCAAAUUAUAAACCCUAACCCUAAAUCUCUAAACUCUAAAUCCUUCAAAUUAGAGUAAAUCUUCAAUGGUUUUUGUGCAAAUUCAUGUGCGUUAUUGUUCAUCACAUCAUAAGUGAUGAUUGACAUCAUUUUGACAUAAAUCGCAUGUUUAAAAUGACGGUUAUGAAGCGAGUGCACUAAAUGCACUAAAAAAGUGAGUACACCGAAGACGCCAACAUAUAUAUUUAUAUAGUACUUCAAUACGAUCUAAUUUUAAUCCAAUUUGGUAAAGAAUCGAAACCCAAACGUGUAGAAGUCCAUACCCGAUAGAAUCAAAAUGUAGGUGAAUUAAAAUUAUUCUCUAUGAUUUAGCCGGCGGAAUAAAAAUUCGAAGGGGUAAUGCCAACAGAAAGAAAGAUGAGAAGGCGGCAAAAUGGUUCCAAUUAGGAAGAUGACAACAAAAGGAUAAAACAUAACACCUACCUCUCCGAUCACCAAAUGGACGGAACCUUCAACCACUCGUUGGCUCAAACAUAUCAAGAAAAUUAUAUUCUAACAUCUCUUUUGAGUCAUUUUCCAAAUGUUUGUAGAUACCUCAGACACAUCGAAAUGAGCCAUCAAAAAACAAAACAUAAAAAGGCAUAAUUAAACAAGUCUUUUUUAUUAUUAUUAUUAUUUAUCAUCGCAAUAUCCACGAAGUCUAGGACAAAAAUAAGUAAAUAACCAUACCGCAAUGUAUGGACGAAACAUCUCUAGCCGAAUUCAUAGUGAUGAAGCGAUUAGAGCAAAGCCAUAGCCAAUCCGAACUUUAGUCAGUUCGCCUGAAUGCAGGUCUUCCAUAAAUAAAUAAAUAAAUUAUUUAUACGUCAUUAAGGAGUCGUUUGCUUCGUGAAUUUGUAUUAAGGAUUUUGUACAAAAAUCUGAUUAUCAAGGAUUUAAUUUGGUCACAAUCCUUUCUUUUGUACAAAAACUUUGUAGACAUAUUUGUGGCCUAAGGGGUCGUUCACUUCUGCAUAUUCAAUAAUACAAUUCGAUAUGCAAUAUAUAUUCAACCAAUGAUAUUGGGUUGACAUUUUAAGAUUAACAUUCAUUUAUAAGGUAAUAACCAUGCAUUCUAAAUCGCUUACUAAAAUCCAAUUAAAAUAUGAACAUCGAAGUAUCAAGCAUCAUAAAAAUACUCAUAGGAGACUUAGUGUGCUAGCUAACCAUGAUGGAAAAAAUUUCUACUAUUCUGAUUUUAACUUCUAUGUUCUGUAUUAAAAAAAGAAUUCAACAAAUUUGUCUACUGCAAUAUAUUGGUUAUGAUUCUUGUUUCCUCGUUCAAUCAAUAAUCAAUUGUUAAGACAAAAAACCAUUUCUAGUUCCUACUUUCAUUCUGAAAAAUUAAAAUUGAGCAAAACAAACCUUAAAAAUGUAUUAUAAAUUGUAUUGAUGGGCUUACGUCACAAUCAACACUCUUAUGCAUAAAAAAACAUAUUAAUUCGAUUGGUUGCUUUUUUGUGUUUUUCAUUUUUUUUUAUGGCUCAUUCCAAAGUGGAUGGAGCCUGAAGGUAACUACAAACAUUUGGAAGGUGACUAGUAGGAGAUGCUAAAAUUAAAACGAGAUUGUACAAUGCCCAUAAUAUCAUUCAAAAUCCAGUAUUUAAGACCCGAAUCCAAAAAUAUCGAAAUCAUGAACACCUACACACUAAAGGAAUGAGAUCUGUUGACGAGAUAAAUGAGAGAUACCUUAAUCAAUAGCUAGCAAUCUUCAAUAUUUCAUCAAUUUAGCAGCCGCGCAACCUCCAAACGACCAUUUCCCUAAAUUUAGAGAAAUUUGUAGCUGACAACCACUGCCUUCAACCACCAUUGUUACUAUACAUGUUUAUGACGGAAGCUUCGAAGUUCGCUGUCGCCCGCCGCCUUUUGAACCAAAAACGACGCCGCCGUCUUCGAAGCUCCUCCCCUUUUCUAGGUUUCUUGUUCUCCUCCAUAUACGACAUUGAUGGACGUCGUGCUCUGUCUCUCAUCUGAGUCUUCUUUCACACUUCCUAGCUCUCUGUGUUUAAUUAUCUCCAUUUUAUAGUAAUAGUUUCCUUUUGUGGAAUAGUUUUGAAGCCGGCUGUUGUAUUCUUGCCGUCGAUCGAUAUGUUUGAGUAGACAAGUGGUUGAACGUGUCGCCUGUUUUGUUGCGUCGAUGAUCGGAGAGGUGGGUUUUGUUUUGUUGCCUUCUCAUCUUAAUUUCUUCCUGUUGGCACUACCCCUUUCGAAUUCUAUUCCGCCGCCGCGGCGCCGACUAAAUCAUCACGAAUAAUAAAUAUUAUUCUCCUAA